UGGGCGGCUGCUGCUGAGAGGGGCUCGGAGCCGUGCGCGAUGGGAGCGGUGUGGCUGUGCCUCGGGCUGGGCUGGGCGCUGGCGGCCCGUGUGAGCAGAGCGGAGGACUCGAGAUUGCAGCGGGGCAUGCCAAAUGUCUGCCCCAUGUUGGAGCUGGUGUUGGUGGGACACCAACAGCCAUGUGUUCAGGCCUUCAGCCGCAUGGUGAAGAUGUGGAAACAGGGCUGCACAGGGAGGAGGUGGUGCAUGGGAUACGAGAGGAGGUCUGGUUACUACACUGUGUACAAGCAGGUGUACAGGAUGGAGCACCAGACAGUCUAUAAGUGCUGCCCUGGGUGGGCUCAACACAACAGCGAACCUGGGUGCUUGCAUAUGCUGUGUGCUGACAACACUUGCUUCAAUGGAGGAAAGUGUUCUGAAGAAGGACCUCACGUGUGCCAGUGUCCUGCAGGAUUUCAGGGUCCUCGCUGCCAAUAUGAUGUAAAUGAGUGCAGUACUGAGAAUGGAGGCUGUCAGGACCAGUGCUGUAACACCAUCGGCAGCUAUCACUGCAAAUGUCCAGCUGGCCAGAAACUGGGGGAGGAUGGGAAAUCGUGUGGAGAUGUGGAUGAGUGCGCAGAGGUGAAUGGUGGCUGCCAGCAUGGCUGCAUUAACACCCACAGCUCCUUCCACUGCCACUGUUGGGCAGGAUACAGGCUGCACUCUGAUGGCCGCACAUGCUUGAUGAUAGACCCCUGCACAAGUGGGAAUGGAGGAUGCUCACAAAUCUGUCAAAAUGAGAGAGGAACUGCCAAAUGCGAGUGUCACCCAGGGCAUUAUCUUUCUACAGACAAGAAGUCCUGCUUAGACAUUGAUGAGUGUGCAGAAGGGACAGCCAGGUGUGCUCAUCGCUGUGUGAACAUGCUGGGAUCCUUCACCUGUGCCUGUAAUCCCGGCUUCGAGCUGGGGGCUGAUGGGAAGCAGUGCUACCGCAUUGAAAUGGAGAUAGUGGACACCUGCCAGCAGGACAAUGGUGGUUGCUCCCACCGCUGCGAGCACACAGCAACAGGGCCACGCUGCUCCUGCCAUGACGGCUACGAGCUCAGCUCAGAUGGCAAGGCAUGCACAGACCUGGAUGAGUGCGAGACUGGCGAGUCAUGCUGUUCCCAGUUCUGCAUCAACUAUGUGGGCAGCUACGAGUGCACUUGCAGAGCAGGCUUCCAGACCAGUGCUGAUGGCUGCGGCUGUGACGACGUGGAUGAAUGUCGUCUUGAGAAUGGCAACUGUGACCACGUCUGCAUUAAUUCCCUUGGAUCAUAUGAAUGUGUCUGCAAGGAGGGGUACCGGCUGGGCACUGACCGCCGUGCCUGCAUCGUGUUAGGAGGGGACUCUUCAGUGUCGGGCUUUGCAGGGGCUCCUGGGCUGCAGUUCAGAGGUGCCCCCCAACUCCUGCACUACGUGCUUGGGGCUCCACGCAAGGAUGAGGAGCAACGAGGGGAGCUGACACUGGUGCACAGAGCCGUUUGCCUUGAUAACACUUUUGGCAAUGACUGCAGCUUGAGCUGUGAGGAUUGUAUGAAUGGAGGCAGAUGUAACAGUGAGAACAGUGGCUGUGUUUGCUCACCUGGAUGGACCGGCAUCAUCUGCAAUGAAACUUGCUCCCAGGGGAUGUAUGGUGAUGGUUGUGCCGGUAUCUGCAAAUGCCAGAAUGGAGGCUCCUGUGAUCCCAUCACAGGGCUGUGUCACUGCCCACCAGGAGUCCAAGGGCCAUUUUGUGAAGACGGUUGUCCCAAGGGAUUUUUUGGGAAGAACUGCAACAAAACAUGCAACUGUGCCAACAGCGGCCACUGCCACCGGCUGUAUGGAGCCUGCUUGUGUGACCCUGGGCUGUAUGGACGCUUCUGCCACCUCACCUGUCCCAGGUGGGCUUUUGGUGCAGGCUGCUCACAGGAGUGUCAGUGUGUGAAGGAGCACGCGAUGGGAUGCAGUGCACAGAACGGGACCUGCAGCUGCAAGCCUGGGUAUCAUGGCAAGAAGUGCCAAAAAGCAUGCACACCUGGCUUUUAUGGGGCUGGUUGCAAACUGAGGUGCAACUGUUCCACCGACGUUUUGUGUGACCAUGAGACGGGAGCCUGCAAGCAUCCGUGCCCACCUGGUUUCCAUGGAGAGAAAUGCAACUCCUCUUGCCAGCCUGGGAGUUUUGGAGGGGGCUGCAGGCAGAACUGCAGCUGCGGGGGAGCACCCUGUGACCCAAAGACUGGGCGUUGUAUCUGCCCAGCUGGGAAAACCGGUACCAAGUGUGAGAGAGAGUGCCCUGUUGGAUACUAUGGACAAAACUGCCAGCUGCAAUGCAGCUGCAGCAAUGAUGCUCUGUGUCACCACAUCACCGGAGAGUGCACGUGUCCCCCUGGCUGGACUGGCCAUGACUGCAAGUACCCCUGCAAUAGCGGCCAUUGGGGACAGCACUGCAAAAACUUCUGUGCCUGCAAUAACAGUGAUGGGAGCUGCGAUCCUGUCACUGGGUCCUGCUUCUGUGAGCCAGGAUUCACUGGGAAACACUGUGAGCAGAGAUGUCCUGAGGGAAGCUUUGGUCCCAGUUGCAUGCACAGCUGCCAGUGCCAGAAUGGGGCUGCGUGUGACCAUGUGAGCGGAGCCUGCACGUGUGGUGCUGGAUGGACUGGGACCUUCUGUGGGAAAGCUUGCCCACAAGGAUUUUUUGGGCUUGACUGCCACCAGGUGUGCAACUGCAAGAACGCUGCAGGCUGUGACCAUGUCCUGGGGACCUGCAGCUGCCUCCCGGGCUGGAGGGGAGAGACCUGCGAGCUGCCAUGUGAAGGGGACAGGUUUGGGGAGGGCUGUGCUCACACCUGUAAUUGUCACAACGGAGCACUCUGCGACCACGUAACAGGGACAUGUACCUGCACCCCAGGCUGGGGAGGAGCCACCUGCCAAGAAGCCUGUCCCCCAGGCUGGCAUGGUGUCGGCUGCCUGCAGCGCUGCAUCUGCCCUGGACAAACUGCAUGUGACCCUGUGACCGGCGAGUGCCAGUGUUCCAAGGGCCAGACAGGAACACCCUGCAAGCCUGCAUGUCCCCCAGGAUUUUUUGGACAGAGGUGUGAAGAGCAAUGUGACUGCAUUCACAGCGUGUCCUGCCACCCCCAAACAGGGGCCUGUCGCUGUGCCAAGGGAUGGCGAGGCAGGCACUGUGACAAACCCUGUUUGCCUGGCUACUAUGGUGCGGGUUGUGCCCGGCGGUGCCGCUGCCCUGCAGGCACCCCCUGCCACCACCUGACUGGUGAGUGCGGCUGUCCUCCAGGAUUCACUGGCCAUGGCUGUGAGAGAACUUGUCCACCAAACACAUAUGGCCAGAGCUGCAGCCAAGCCUGUCGCUGCCGUGCUGAGGAGGACUGUCACCCCAUCACUGGGCAAUGCGUGUGCCGCCCAGGCUAUCACGGGGCCCAGUGCAACCUCCCAGGGUGUCCAGAAGGUACUUAUGGUUCAAACUGCCAAAAAUCCUGUAAAUGCAUGAAUGGAGGCCAUUGCGACCCAGUGUCGGGAACUUGUGAUUGCGCGCCUGGUUUCAUUGGAGCCGACUGUAGUAAAACUUGCCCAGAAAAUCGAUACGGGAAGGACUGUGCCCUGUUCUGUGCAUGCGGUAAAGGUCAGUGUGACCCACGGACUGGCAGCUGUACCUGUCCUCCUGGCCAAAUGGGACCUGGCUGUCAGCAAGUGUGUCCCCAGGGACGGUUCGGCCCCAGCUGCCUUCUGACAUGCAGCUGUCAGAACGGUGCUAUCUGUGACCACGUGGAUGGCAGCUGCACUUGUGGACUCGGCUGGACAGGAAAAUCGUGUGAGAAAGAAUGUCUCCCUGGCAAGUAUGGCCCCAGCUGCAGCUUGGACUGCUCAUGCCAGCACAACGGCACCUGCGACAGGUUCACGGGGUGCUGCCUCUGCCCCGCAGGGUUCUAUGGGCGCUCCUGUGAGCACAGGUGCCCCUCUGGGUUUUAUGGGCUGAGCUGCCUUCAUGCAUGUGCCUGUAAAAACGGAGCAAGCUGCGAUGCCGUGAUGGGACAGUGCGUUUGUCCUCCGGGGUACCACGGUAUCCAUUGUGAGAAAGGCUGUGCCAGCGGGCGCUUUGGUGAGCGAUGCCAGCACCGGUGCAACUGCGGAGGAGCUCCCUGUGACCCAGCCACUGGGAAGUGCCUCUGCCCACCUGGAAAGACAGGGGACAAAUGUGACAUUGGCUGCCGUUCAGACCAGUAUGGCCCCGACUGCUCUCUGCAGUGCCAGUGUGCCAGCAAGUCCCAGUGCAACCCUUACAAUGGGAAAUGUGUCUGUCCAGCCACAUGGAUGGGGCCAACCUGCAAGGAAGGUGGCCCUCCAAAGCUUCCUUUUCAUGAAGAACAAACUCAAGAAAGAGGGAAUAUUUUUCCGAGAGCUCUACAACAGUAACAUUUGGACUAAUAAAUGAACUCUUUUAUAUGCACAGACGGUAUUUGAAUUUGGAUAUGAAAACAGUCAAGCUGGAUACCUUCUCAAACCCUGGAUCCUGAAGGACUUUUCCUGUGUGUUGACCCACAACUGACUGCUGCAGCCAUGCCCAGCAAUUAUUUUGCAGGGCCAAAGCUCUAGAUUCUAACACUAUAAAGCAAUUUUCAGUAGCAAGCAAGGACUCUCUGCUUUUAGAAAGCAACACUUAAACCAUUUAGUGAAGCUGUUGAAGUUAUUGCAGUAACCCCUCAGUCCCAGUGGCUGCAGUUAAGAGCCGAUCAAAUGUAGACAUGCCAGGAAUCCAGUUUUGAAUGAUUUAUAUGUCUUGUAAGAUGUGCAGUGAGAUUCCUUUCUGUAUGUCGUCAACAAAGAGUAAGAUCAGUACGAGCAGAGGCUGCAGGGGCAAUUCCUGCCUGUCGGUUUGGCUUUUUUUACUUUUCUAUUUGACAUUUAUGUUGUGGUAGCCAGUGUGGAUCUUGGCCUUGCUCUACUAGGCACAUGAGAAAUCUGCUCUUAAUUAUUACUUUAACCUUAAGGGUAUGUAUGAAGUACAGAACAGCAAGCAUUAAAGCAUCAUGUUAUAUAUGGGAUGUACUCCUGGGUAAUGAGGAGUGGGAUGGCUGCAGGGUCAGCCUCAUAAUGAAGGCUGUGGUCAGGGUGCUGCCCUACUUGAACCUUUUGCUGUGCCCUAUUCUACUCUCUUUCCCCCUCUGAGAGCAAGAAGUUUGACCAGACACCUUCAAGAGCUAUUAGAACUGUUCACAGACACAUUUAACAUGUUAAACUUUUACAAGAACUAGUGAAUUUGAUCAGAAAAUAGUUAUUUUUGGCUGCCAAUGUGGCAAAACCACUUAAAAUGCAAACUCAAGAAUGUGUUGAAAGGAGACAUUUUGCCAGCACCACUAUUGUUGUAGCAAAGUCUCCCCUCAGAUCCAGUGGGACUCUUUUCUCCACCAUAUAUUAUUCCAAAAGUCAAGGUGGAAGUCAAGAGCCUGGAAAAUCUUAAUGUCAUUGAAAAGGGUGUUGGCAGGGUUGUUUUGGUUUGGUUUCUUGUUGCAAAGCUUUUCUUCUGUGGAGUGGCACCUGGCUUUUUUCUUCCUUUGGACAUUAAUUUCUUCCUUUUGCACAUUAGUUUGAUAGCCUUGCACCUUUAGUUCAUAAAGUUCCACCUAUAAGGUAUAAUGGAGACACGUGAUUUGUGGGCAGCACAUUACAGAAUCACAGAAUGGCCUGAGUUGGAAGGGACCUCAAGGAUCAGGAAUCUCCAAGCCCCCUGCCACUGACAGGGCCACCAACCUCCACAUUUAAUACCAGACCAGGCUGUCCAGGGCCCCAUCCAACCUGGCCUUGAACACCUCCAGGGUGUUCAUUAGGCAGCGCUUCCAGCACUCUGAAGUCAGUUUUUCACUAAGAAAAAAAGAGAGAAAAAAAAAAGGUAUGUUAUAAUGAUGAAUUUGAGGUGAAUUUUCUGUUAGUUCUGAUUCCUAACUUAAUAAUAAUAAUAAUAGUAAUAGUAAUAAUAAUAAUAAUAAUAAUAAUAAUUCUUAUUUUUUUAAUAAUUCUUCAGUGUAAAUCCUAAAACUUCUGCUAACAAGGGAGAUGCUCCAGAGAUGCAGAUUUGGUUCCCCCAGAGAAUGCAGCAGGUCUAUAAAGGUUUGGGAAAGAAUGAUUUCACCAAACCAUAGCAGCAGGAAAAGUUCAUUUAGUGUAUGUCUUGGUGAGUGCUUGUGCAAGCAGAGAACAGUCACUGAACAUUCCAGGCACUGAAAAAGGGGCCAAUCCACAGUGCAUGUUAUCUUGAAUACAUAAAUGGUGCUUUAGAGCACUGAGCUAAGGCAAUCACGUGAUAAGCGCGUGCCAAGUCAUGUGAGAUGUAAAAUACAUAACAGCUGAUAAAGGCAUGUUUUAUUUUGAGUGGGCAUAAAGGAGGAUGUUGAAAACUGGGUUUCUUCCUGACUGCACUGCCAGGAAUACAAAGCACCACACAGGAGACUUUGAAGGUCCCUCUGGGAAAAAUGCCAUUACCAACUGAACUAUGGUGUGUUGUCCAAGUUGCCCUGAAGGAAUCUCUACCAGAAACACCUGUUAACAAUAAGGACUUGUUAACAUUUCACAAUUAUUUUCCCAAGUAUGUUAUUGCUACACCAGUUCCCAACACCAGAAAAUUUGGCAAACAUUAAAUGCACACGGUACUUCUGUAAACCUCUGGUCUGUCUGCAUCUGCAGAGACCAAGAUAAAGCUGUACCUUCAAGUCUGGUGAGGACUCAGAAGAGCUAAGCUCGCAUUUGGUGGGGAGGGAUUGAUGAAGUUUGUUGAGCUUACAUUUGAGAUCCUCUGGGAACUUGUGUUAGGGAAGAGGUGUUUGUCCAGAUACGAAAGAUGAUCUACUCCAGGUCCUCCUUACCAUAGCAUUAUCUAUCAUAGACAGUUUAUUUACCUGUCCAUUGGAUUCUCACUUUGUAACUAUCCAUUUUCAGUUCCAAAGUGGGCCCACUUCAUUAUAGGUGAUAAAUGGCUGACUUCUGCUUUUCAUGCCAUUCCCCUGAUAUUGCGUAGCAUCUCUUCUCUACUCUAUAUGCAGAAAGAACAAAGAGUUCUGAUUCCUUAACUCCAAAGAACCAUCAGUUCGUGCCACCUGUAUAUCCACGAUUUAUCAGAGACAUGAGCUUCUUCCUUCAACAUGCGUUUACGGAGAUCUUUAUAUGUAUGGUCAAUUUCUGCCCAUGAAAAUCAAAGCUGUUGGUCUUUAAAACCAGUACUAAGAGCCUGUCUUCAUUCUUGGGUCUGUAGGUAUAUUAAAAAUGUCAUGAUGCACAUUCUCAGUGGAGUUUUUGAUGGGAAUAGGUGAAUUCAAACCUGCUGAGAUACAAGAGGGAGGUAGAUUUGGCUUCUCCUACAACUUGGACCUCUCUCUGCUUGAGGAAUUAAUCUUGGAAGGUGCUGAGAGCUCUGAAGGGCCAGUGAAGUCAGUAGGAUUUGAAGUUUCUCACAGCUCGAUGGACAGGGUUCCUUACAGGGGAUAAUUACCCUGCUCCAACCCGGCCAGGAAAGCCUUUAAGCACUGCUUAACUUCUAGGAUGUGAGGAGUCCUCUUAAAUAGGGUCUGAGUAUUACUGUCCCAGAAGUGACUGGAAGGUUCACAAAGGCCUUGGGAAAGAGCUGAUUCAAAAUAACUCUGUCACCUCUGGAAACAGCAAAAUUCAAGCCAUGGGCACUGACUGCAGCUCUGCUGGACGCCAUCAGAGGGUCGGUAGAGCUCAGAGGUUUCAGCAAUCCGAACUAUCUGAUCUCACCUAAUAACACUGCAGCACGCCGACUGAUCGGUGCAGCCGCCUUUGUUCCUAGGUAGGCUCCACCAAGACGUUCAGCUCUAUUUGCUUUGGCCACUUUUGGGAUGGCCAUGAGCACCAAAACCAGCAUGCAAUAACAUCACAAUGAAAUGUUGCCGCAGGCCUGAUGCUGCAAGGCAAGUAAGUGAUUUAUUGCUGUAUGUGGCUUCGUGUGUGCUUCUGUAUUAGCAGCAGUGGCUCCAGAGGCAGGGGCUGCUUUUGGAAGGUGCUGAGCAAUGAAUUAUUUUAGGGCCCUUCUGCAGCAGACACUGACUACUAAGUGGCUGCUAGCGCAGCCUCUUAAGUGUGGUUUUAGCAGUAAAGAUGCCUGUUUCAACUUCACCUCCAAGGGAAAUGUCCUGGCGUAUUUAAUGUGUGCUUAAUUGCAUUUUAACCCUUUCUUUAAGUCGUGUUAAACUGAGGGCUCUGGAUGCUGAGAUUAAGCAGAAAAGCACUCACGUGUCAUUUGGAUAACUCACCCAACUCUGCAGAGACCUGGGGCUUAACAAGAAACACUCGGUGCUUAAGAAGGUUUUCAUUUCUGCUCUGAGCUAAACAUUACUUCUCACGUCUGAAUUCUGAAGUGUGCGAAGAAAAUGCGUUGCUUUGGUUUCACACUCAUGCCUCAGAGGGACAUGUGGGUGCGGCUGAGCCAUUCCAAUACUGCUGUGCCAUCCUGAGGAUGACUUAAGCACGUUUCUUCUCUCCUAGCAUCAUACCACAUUUAGACUGGGACAAAGGCACGUCGUGUUCUCCUGGGGGCUGUGGGGACGUUUAGGAAGAACCCAGACGCUGUUUGUCCGAUCGGCGCCAGCCAGGAGAGAAUGGAGGCUCAAAAAGAUCCCCGACCAUGCUCAGCCUACAGGUGUGGUUUGCAUGAAAAUCUCAGGCCUGUAGGUCACAGCUUGCCAUUGACAUGCGCUCAAUGCUUGGCAUCUGGCAGUGCCACCCAAGGCAGUCUGUGCCUGUCCUUGCUGUGUUCAACCAUGACAAUGCCCGUGUUGCUGCCUGGUGAUAAUCAAGGCUAAAAUGCAUAAAGCUUUAAUGAAGAGAUUUGUACAUAAAAGCAACUGUUCCCAAUCCUGUGUCAAACUAUUUUAUACAAAAAGAAAAUCAAUUCAGUUACUACUUUAAAG